GUCGCUCAUUCUAGUGGAAGACUUCGAGGGGUGAACUCUACCGCUCGCCUCCGGAGGACGGAGGAUUGCAGACCUGAAUUUCUCGCCACAUACCGAGUUGGACUCCAGAAGAAUGAGGCUGUUGGCAAACCUGGUGCUGUGGACGUUGGCACUCCUGCAUCAAGGGGCUGAGGGGACCAGCGGUACCAUACGCAAAAGAUGGACAAAACUGCAUCCUGAGGAUUUUCCAUCCGGAGGCUCCGUCGGGACCAGGAAUGUUCAGGAUUCUCUGAUCUGCUCAAUGGCGGCCUUGGGGGUAGGAACAUGUCGAAUCUUUUGCUUCAAUUAUGCGGUCGAGAACUGCGUCUUAUAUGAGACUAAAAUGCGCCUGAAGCCUCACUGCACUGAAAACUGUCAGUCAGGCGACGUCGUCUGUUUCCAUAAGGUUCCUCCCGACGGUGUCUUCCUGGGAAAUGGAACUACACCUAUCAUACUGGAUGGGGAGGACGGAGGAAGUAUCGAGGCUUUGAAUAUCUAUGAUACGCCUAUGGAACAUCGAUGGCACUUCAGUACAUCACCCGGGUAUAUCCUUCAGAUCAAGAUCAAGUUUUUCAACUUCGGAUCUUGUGGCUGUGGGUGUAAUUCGGUUAGCUUCAGGGAUCUCAAUACUUCGGCUGUUAUUGAUGGGUUGUGUUAUCUUACUUCUGUUAGUGAUGGUGAUGUCAAUUCUACAACCACUGAGAGGUCGGUGAUUUCACCUGUUAUUGAUGGGUAA